AGUCCAAGACCAGCCUGGCCAACAUGGAGAAACCCUGUUUCUACUAAAAAAAAAAAAAAAAAAAAAAAAAAAAAAAAAAAAAAAUUAGCCAGGCGUGGUGACGCAUGCCUGUAAUCCCAGCUACUCUGGAGGCUGAGGUAGGAGAAUCACUUGAACCCAGGAUGCAGAGGCUGCAGUGAGCCGAGAUAGCACCACUGCACUCCAGCUUAGGAAACAAAAGUGAAACUCCGUCCCAAAUUAAAAAAAAAAAAAAAAAGGACUAUGGCCUUUUAACCCACAGGGAAGGGUUCAAGAUCCAGGAGGAGCCAGAUUGAAGCCAGAAGGAAUAAGAUAACGAUUCAGACGGAUUGGGCUGACCUCCUCCUCUGAGCUCUGAGGCCAGGUGUUCCUGAGAUAGAGGAGAGGGCAGAGAGCUGCUGCCGGAGCAGAAGGCAAAGGAAGACAGCACAUUUCUCUGUGCUGCACCUCGGGCCAGCUUCCUGCCUGUCUCCCUGCUGGCACUGCUGGGUCACCAUCCCCACACGCACAGCCGGUGCCCCGUGAUCUCCAGUUUCCAGAAAAGCCAAAGCAUCUUUGGACCUACGUAGGGAAGGACCUGCCUGUGACCUUUGCUCUGUCCUGGAGGGUCCAGCUUUGGGCUGAAUGGCAGCACCCACGCUGGGCCGUCUGGUGCUGACCCACCUGCUGGUGGCCCUUUUUGGCAUGGGCUCUUGGGCUGCUGUCAAUGGGAUCUGGGUGGAGCUGCCUGUGGUGGUAAAAGACCUUCCAGAGGGUUGGAGCCUCCCCUCAUACCUCUCUGUGGUUGUGGCGCUGGGAAACCUGGGUCUGCUGGUGGUGACCCUGUGGAGGCGGCUGGCCCCGGGCAAGGGCGAGCAGGUCCCCAUCCAGGUGGUACAGGUGCUGAGUGUAGUGGGCACAGCCCUGCUGGCCCCACUGUGGCACCACGUGGCCCCAGUGGCAGGGCAGCUCCACUCCGUGGCCUUCCUAACUCUGGCCUUGGUGUUGGCAAUGGCCUGUUGUACCUCUAAUGUCACUUUCCUGCCCUUCCUGAGCCACCUGCCACCUCCUUUCUUACGGUCUUUCUUCCUGGGUCAGGGUCUCAGUGCCCUGCUCCCCUGUGUGCUGGCCCUAGUGCAAGGUGUGGGCCGCCUCGAGUGCCCACCAGCCCCCACCAAUGGCACCUCUGGGCCUCCCCUCGACUUCCCUGAGCAUUUUCCUGCCAGCACCUUUUUCUGGGCACUGACUGCCCUUCUGGUCACUUCAGCUGCCGCCUUCCAGGGUCUCCUGUUGCUGUUGCCAUCACUCCCCUUUGUAACCACAGGGGGCUCAGGGCCGGAACUUCAGUUGGGAUCCCCAGGAGCAGAGGAGGAAGAGAAGGAGGAAGAAGAGGCUUUGCCAUUGCAGGAGCCACCGAGCCAGGCAGCAGGCACCAUCCCUGGCCCAGACCCUGAGGCCCAUCGGCUGUUCUCAGCCCAUGGUGCCUUCCUGCUGGGCCUGCUGGCCAUCACCAGUGCCCUGACCAAUGGCGUGCUGCCUUCUGUGCAGAGCUUUUCCUGUUUGCCCUAUGGGCGCCUGGCCUACCACCUGGCUGUGGUGCUGGGCAGUGCCGCCAACCCCCUUGCCUGCUUCCUGGCCAUGGGCGUGCUGUGCAGGUCCCUGGCAGGCCUGGUUGGUCUUUCUCUGCUGGGCAUGCUCUUUGGGGCCUACCUGAUGGCACUGGCAAUCCUGAGCCCCUGCCCACCCCUGGUGGGCACCACUGCAGGGGUGGUCCUUGUGGUGCUGUCGUGGGUGCUGUGUCUGUGUGUGUUCUCAUAUGUGAAGGUGGCUGCAAGCUCCCUGCUGCAUGGUGGGGGUCGGCCGGCAUUGCUGGCAGCUGGUGUGGCCAUCCAAGUGGGCUCCCUGCUUGGUGCCGGUGCCAUGUUCCCUCCCACCAGCAUCUACCACGUCUUUCAAAGCAGAAAGGACUGUGUAGACCCCUGUGGCCCCUGAGCCUCGGCAGGUGGGGACCCAACUCCACCCCACCUGUCUUCAUCGUGAGGCUGCCACAGUGCCUGACUACUUGUGGCCCAGGCAGGCUUCCCCCAACACAGGAACGCUCAUGGACACCUGCACACUCCACAGAAGACAUUGGCAUGUCAGGCCAGGGUGGGCACCAAAGACCAGGCCCGGAGCCAGGGGACAAGUUGGGGCUGUGGGCUUGGCUCCAGGGCCUGAGACCUUUGUGGGAUUUGUGCAAUAAAGUGUCUUUAUUAAAAAAAUAUAUAUAAUGAAAACCUUAUAAGAAAUAUAUAAUGAAAUCAGGGAACUGGAUUAAAUAAUUUUUCAUACAUAUAUUAUCUAAUGUGCAAUUAGAUUUAAAUACAGAUUGUAGUGCCUUUCUUAUCAUAUCCACAGCUUAUCUCUUCUUCUGUGGGUUUUCUUGUCAAAAACCUUUCUCACUCAAGUGAGUCUCUGUCAUUUGCUAUGGGAUUGGCCUUUAAAGACAAUGGAGUCUCA